CUGAUACUCAACUUGUUAUCGUAGCACCGACACCUGUAUCCAUCUGCCCAUUCACUCGAUGGAGUUAAGCUGGCAUCCACGACAAUAUCAUUGCUGAUGAACGUCUUCGAGGCUAUUUCGCAAAAAGUUUUGAAUUUGGGAAAUAAUUCUCAGAAACAAACUGGAAAAAAACCCAAGAGGCGUGAUAUGUUAAUGAUUGCAGUGCGAUGCACUUGUACAAGUUCGCGGCCUACGAGGUGAAGCUCCUCAAAGAGCUCCAGAGACAACAAAACAGUGCACAGUUCUGCGAUGCACUUUUGCAAACUGAAGGUAUCUCUGUUCCCGUCCAUAGCUGUGUGCUGGCAGCACUCAGCCCAUAUAUGUUCCAGCAGUUAUCAGCCACACCAUCUCCUCCUCUUGGGCAGAAGCGGCAGCUCAGGCUUCAGGGUCUGAGCAGCCACACCCUUCUGAAGCUGGUGGCUCUACUUUACACCGGGGAAGUGCAGCUAAACGAAUGGGAUCGCAAUGACGUUACGGCUGCCGCCAGGAGGUUCGGGAUGAUGCCUCUAAUCCCAAAAAUGGAGAACCGGGGUCAAUGUUGCGUGUCUACAGAUGCAGCCACGGAGAGGGCAUCUUGGAGGAAAACUCAAAAUGCUCAAAAGCAGGCCAGGAUAAAAGAUACGGGCUCGUCAGUGGAAAUUAAAUUGUGUGAGUGCAGAGAACCGCAAACCAAAGCUCCAACCCCAAAACAUAUCGCACUUCGAUCCCAAAACAUCCCACCGUACUUUGGGGAGGCUAGUCUCCCCCAACCUUCUGUCAGUCUAGCAAAUCCCAAAUCAAAUCCACAAGCCUCCCAAACCCCAACUCUGGGCGUGUCCAACAUCGAUGGAGCGACUGGUGCCGGCCGCAGUACGCAUGUCUCGACUCGGAUGAGCGCGUCCGAUGGUGAAUGUGACGAAAUGUCUGCGAGCGGAGUACAAAAGAUGUCGGAAGAUGAGAACGGCAACUCGGCACGGAGGAGGCGCGCCACAGCCAAUAUAGCGAACAAGAACAUGGAUAAAAUGAAGCAGAUGGAUGCGUCUCAGAUUUCCGUCAAGGUGAAGCUGAGGAGGAGCAUGAGAAAGACAAAAAGACAAUCAUGGGAGGUUGUGUCCACGCAAGAAGACCAGACAAUGUUGUCAUUGGCAUCCUUGUCUCUGGAAAGCUCCAACCACAAACAAACACAGAAAGACCUGUUAAACAUCCAGCCAACACCCUCCAUGACCCACCCACCCCCAGAUCAGACACAUCAUGCCCAUAAUACUCAAUCUGAAAGCAGCAAGUCCACUGAAUCCCCAGUCCGCUCCAACAACACACCUAACCCAUCGUGUAACCCACCCUCACAGCAACAUGACAACAUUGAAUCUGCAUAUAGACUACGACAGACUCAUGGCUCUGGAGAAAUAUCUGAGGAACAAGUCUGGAGGAUGUUGGAUGACAUGAGCUGGAACGUCCUGCCCGACCUAGCAGUCCCAGAGGACGGCACAGGACCGACUAAGAUGAUUUCUUGUGUCACUGCUUCCGAGUGUCCAUAUUCCCAGAACUUUUGCGUUCAAAGUGGCCAGCCAUCAACACACACAGCUCAAGACCUGCUCAACUGUAAAAGUGUGCCACGUGUUGAUCCUGGCAACCUGAUGAUCCAGCAACAACUACUUGCACAGAUGCUCUCAACUGUGAGAAUACCUAGUGACCCUUAUCCAUCAGUCUCUAGAAGUCAAAGCAGUUUGUUUUCAUACACGACCGUAGACCCAGCUUUAGUCUCAGGUAUCAGUCACACGACACAGAAUCGAUACAACCCACCUUUGCAGGAGAAGCCUGCGCAGUUGUUAUCUACUCAAGUGUCAAAUCCAAAUGAUGAACAAUCCUUGCCUUGUUUAGACUAUCUACGACUUCCUAGGUGUCUCUCUCCGCUAGAGCCAAUCACCUCAUUAGCAGUGGAUAAGCCUGUUGAUAACAUCAAGCAGCAGUUGUCUCAAUGUAGAAACCCCUGGCUCCCAGAGCAAUCUGCAUUACUAUGUUUUCCUCUCAGUGACGUGGAAGAUAAAAAACCGCCUUCAUGGAAUCUUAGUCAGACGGACUGGCCAAUGCAAAUCCUGGACCAUAAGCAAAGUAGACCGUGUACUACAAAUCGAGUGCGCCAAACUGCUGCUGAACGAAAGUCUUACCCUCACAGGAUGAAGAGAACUUUAGUACAGGAACAAAGUGUCACAAAGGAGAGUCCUGUAGCUUCUAAGACGAGGAAGGAGUGUGCUGAUGACCCACCAGUCGCCGCUCGUUCAGUCACUGAAGGAAUUAAAAGUCAGAAAUGCAUGAGCGUCUGUUCAGUUAGUUUGUCAAUGAACAAUAUCUUAGCAAAAGAAAGAAAUAGAUCCAGUGGCCCCUCAAAAGCACUUUUGGAGGCAAGAACCAAAUGUUCACAAAUAUCAAAUGCAAGUCAAACUGGCAUCACUAAUAAGGGGGUCAGAAAAACAACUGGCAAGCCACUAAGCUGCAAAAGGACAAAGAAAGCCAAGGAUCCAAAACCUGCGGAAUGCCCUCCUCCUGUUGCAUCCAAACAAGCCCCUUUAAUAAAGCCAAACCGUGGGAGAUCGGCCAAAAUAAAACCCGCCUCUCAAUUAAUUUCAAAGUGUGAAAACAAGAAGAAAGAAUUGGCAAAGAUGGAGCUGGACAAGAGCAAAACAAAGAGAAAAUGUCAGCAGGAGAACAGAAAGGGAGUGAAGAGAAAGGUCCUCCUGGAGAAGAUUGGAAGUGCUGAGAAGACGAGUGUUGAGGCUGCUGACUAUAAUCCAAAACCUGAGAUGGACCAACAAGGCAACAACCAAGGUUCCUCCCCCACUGACAAUGAAGCUCACCGGAAGAACACAAUGCCCUCAGAGUCCGACUUUACUGUUCAGAACUUUGCCGUACACAUGAGGAGCGCAGACUGUGCCAGAGAAGAAGACAUUGAGGUAGACGUAACUUCCUCCCCGGAAAAAGCGAUCCCCAUCUGGCCAUGUGAGUAUACGAUCAGACCGGAUCCCCCUGACAUAAGUGAAGAGGAGGAAGCUGAUAUUAACGUGACAGUGGAUUAGGCGCAGUGGUCGUUUUCUAUGUUGUGACCGGUUGUCAAUGUGAGUGUUCUCUCCAUUCAUGUUUUAGUUUCAUAUUCUGUACAGCUUUUGAUUGGGUGGCAGCUUGUGCACAAUACUUUUAUAUAUUUCCAGAUUCUUUGUUUUAUGUAUUUCAUGUUUAGAAAAGUGUUGGCUAUUGAAAUUAUAAAUGUUUAAUUUUUGUUUGCAUCUUAAAAUGUAAAAUAAA